AUGCACCUGCUCCACAGAAUUCAGCCAAAGAGGAUGAUAUCGCUCGCUGCCGGGAUCCCAAGAAGCCUCUUUCACAUUCGUGUGCAGACUCGAGCAUUCAAUGCUCAUCACGACAUCUUUUCCUUGCGGUUGGCCAGUAGAAACUACCUGCGGACAAGAAAGUUUUUGCUCAUGUUCUAUGAUACUGGCAGCGUACUGGUUAUCUUUGGAAUGUUCACUGCUGUUGUUCUGCUCGUAUGGACUAUGAGAACUGUCGAAGUCGCGACUCGCGCAACGACAUAUUCUAAAGUCACACAUGCUGUCAAUCCAAUUAUACCUGGCUUGACCGUCCCACUAAAACACCUACCGCUGAUUCUCCUCUCCCUUUGCAUCAGUCAAACUGUGCAUGAAAGUGGGCACGCUAUCACCGCAGCAAUUCAUCGGAUUCCUAUGUUGGCGGCAGGAGCAUCUAUAACCUUCAUGUUCCCCGCCGCAUUCGUAACGUUACCUUCUGCAAGGGUAGAGGAAUUGUCUUCACUAGAUCGCUUACGGGUCAUUACUUCAGGCUGUUUUCAUAACCUGACGCUCUGGCUGAUUCUACUGGCUGUGGCCUGGUCUGGUAUCGGACAACGCAUAUUGUCAGUAGGUUACGAAGAUGUUCUUACCCGAGGGUUAAUCGUGACCCAUGUUGAGGCAGAUUCCCCUCUGAGCAUGCAUCUUCCCGUUGGAUCUUUCCUGACGACACUUGACGAUCUUCCGUUGAACUCAUCUCGUGAUGCAUGGUCUACCUAUCUAUCGGAACUUACUCCAGCUGUCUACAAGCAGGGGUGGUGUGUGGAUACGCCGCGACUUAGUGAUGAUCACCAAUGUUGCGUGCAUACUAAUAAUAGUGCAUCAUCGUCAUCCUGUUUUGUGUCAUUUGAAAGUGCGAUGGAGGAGUAUUGUACCGAUCCGGUAGCCGUACUGUCAAAAAUACAAAACCGAUGCGACUCCUCAACAUCGUGUCUGGAUUCGCAGUCAUGCCUCAAACCGAGGGGAGACCGAGAAAUCUUACGGAUUACGGUGAAUGACGAAGGGGCAGGGACUGAAAACGAGCGCAUCGUGCUUUGGAGUGGCCCCAGGUACGAGGUUUGGGAGCAAGUUCAAACAACCCAACUCGCACCGCGUUUCGCCGUUGUACCACUAGGACUGCCCCUCGUAUUCGCAGAUUUCUUCCAGUAUCUGAAGCUCACAAAUCUUUCAUUAUAUCUUCUCAACUCGCUACCUCUGCCCGCAUUGGAUGGAUCUCAAUUGCUAAUAAUUUUACUGGAAAUGGUCUUCACUGGAUGGUUUCAUACUCCCUCAACCAUCCUCGACAUCGAGGCACUGAGAACCCGUGGAGGCCGUCCGCGUGAAAGGAGAGUACAGCGGACACUUCGAACCUUCGUAACGAUCGGUACAUGCACGCUUUUAGGGUUGUGCGUCAUGCUUGGUAUUAUAGAAUGGAUGA